AUGGAUAUAACGAUGAAUCUCCAUUGCUUAAACCUACGUUCUACGUUAUUCACUAAUCCUCUCCCUUGCCCUAAACCAUCCACCAUCAGAAUCUCCUCUGUUUCUAACCCUAGACGAGAGAUUCUCAACCUCAGAGCCAAUCUUCCCUCCAUCAGCUCCACCUCCUCGACGAAUGAUCACAUCAAACCGAUCGUUAAGCAUUCAAACGACGGUGCGUCCACGAUUUCUUCCGGAGUGAGACUUGAAAACAUAAGCAAGAGCUAUGAAGGCGUGACGGUGCUCAAGGACGUAAACUGGGAAGUGAAGAAAGGUGAAAAAGUAGGGUUGAUAGGUGUAAACGGUGCUGGUAAAACGACACAGCUCAAGAUAAUCACUGGUCAAGAGGAGCCUGAUUCAGGGAACGUCAUUAGAGCCAAACCCAAUAUGAAAGUCUCUUUCUUGAGUCAGGAGUUCGAGGUUUCCUUGGGGAAGACAGUGAAGGAAGAGUUCAUGAGUGCUUUUAACGAAGAGAUGGAGAUUUUGAGGAAGCUUGAGAAGUUACAGAAGGGGAUAGAAGAUGCUCUUGAUGAUUUAGAGUUAAUGGGAAGGUUACUAGACGAGUUUGAUUCUUUGCAGAGACGAGCUCAAGAGAUGGGUUUGGAUUCUUUAGAUGCGAAAGUUAGUAAGCUAAUGCCUGAGCUAGGGUUUUGUGAAGAGGAUGCAGAUAGGCUUGUUGCUUCUUUUAGCAGUGGGUGGCAAAUGAGAAUGUCACUUGGGAAGAUCUUGCUUCAGGAUCCAGAUUUGCUGCUUUUGGAUGAGCCAACGAAUCAUUUGGAUCUUGAUACUAUUGAGUGGCUUGAAGGCUAUUUGAGUAAGCAAGAUGUGCCAAUGGUUAUAAUAUCUCACGACAGAGCGUUUCUUGAUCAGUUAUGUACAAAGAUUGUGGAAACCGAGAUGGGUGUGUCCAGGACUUUCGUUGGUAACUACUCUCAGUAUGUGAUUUCAAAAGCAGAGUGGGUCGAAUCUCAGUAUGCUGCUUGGGAGAAGCAGCAGAAAGAGAUUGAAGCAACAAAGGAUUUGAUUAGUAGGUUAAGUGCUGGAGCAAACUCUGGACGAGCUUCUUCAGCAGAGAAGAAACUAGAGAAGCUCCAAGAAGAAGAGCAGAUAGAGAAGCCGUUUCAGAGGAAGCAAAUGAAGAUUAGGUUUCCUGAAUGUGGAUUAAGCGGGAGAUCUGUAGUUACUGUUAAGAAUCUUGAGUUCGGUUUUGAGGAUAAGAUGCUGUUCAACAAGGCAAAUCUAGUGAUAGAAAGAGGAGAGAAGGUAGCUAUUAUUGGUCCAAACGGGUGUGGUAAGAGCACGUUGUUGAAACUCAUUAUGGGUUUGGAGAAGCCUAUGAGAGGUGAAGUGGUUCUAGGGGAGCACAAUGUAUUGCCGAACUACUUCGAGCAGAAUCAGGCAGAGGCUUUAGAUUUGGAUAAAACUGUGAUUGAGACGGUUGUUGAAGCUGCUGUAGAUUGGAGAAUUGAUGAUAUAAAAGGUCUUCUUGGUCGCUGCAACUUCAAAGCUGACAUGUUUGAUAGAAAAGUCUCUCUGUUGAGUGGUGGUGAGAAGGCACGCCUUGCUUUCUGCAAAUUCAUGGUGAAACCCUCCACUCUACUAGUGUUGGACGAACCCACCAAUCAUUUAGACAUACCUUCAAAAGAAAUGCUUGAGGAGGCAAUAAACGAGUACAAAGGCACAGUCAUCGCAGUCUCUCAUGAUCGAUACUUCAUUAGGCAAAUCGUCAACAGAGUUGUUGAAGUCAGAGAUGGUGGUUUAAAGGACUAUGCAGGAGACUACAAUUACUACCUGGAGAAGAAUAUGGAAGCUAGAGCCAAGGAGCUGGAGAGAGAAGCAGAACUGGAGGAAAAAGCUCCAAAAGUGAAAGCCAAGUCAAAGAUGUCAAAGGCUGAGAGAGAAGCAAGGAAGAAGCAGAAGAUGAGAGCCUUUCAAGCUUCCAAAAUGAAGUCAAAGUCCAGCAAAAAUGCCAAGAGAUGGAAUUAA